UUUCAAAAUGGCGGAGAAAAUUUCUGGAUUUGUUCAUUCUUUCUUAAAAACAAACUUAGAAUUUUAUAUUCACUAAUCAAUUUGACGAGCCAUAUCCGCCAUGUCUCGACACAGGAAUGUCCGCUCUAUGAAUAUAGCGGAUGAAUAUGAUUAUGACGAUGUGUAUGGACAUUCUGUGGAGGAUGAUUAUUGUAUUUCCCCUGGAACUGCUGCCCAGUUCACCUUCAACAGGGACAGUGGUCAUAAUCUGGCCUCCUUCAUUGGUCAGCCAGAGAUUCCUGAGGAGGGUGAAGGAGACCUAGAGUCUGACAGUGAACAUGAAGUGCUUAAUGAUUCAGGAAAUUAUAGACGGCCUGUUCUAAAUGAAUUUGACCAAGCACGCCUCAAUUCUUGUCUUGAAGAAGUCCGCAAUGUGGUUGGCGAUUCUACCCCUGAACACAUUCUUGUUGACACAAUCAUAAAGACUGAUUUCAAUUAUGAAGUUGCCUUAGAUACCCUCUUUAAUAAGCAAGAGAAUAAACCCACUGAAGCUCCUAAACCACAGAGGGAACCGCGGCCUAACAGGAGAAAUAAAGAUGACGAUUGUGGUGAAGACUCUGACCCUGAUAUCUCAUUCCCAACACAAAAAGUAGACCAUGGUGUGAAACCUCCGCCAGGGCUGGGAAAAGCAGCUAAAAUCAAAAUUAGUAAUCCACCGCCUGGGUUCAAAAAAAUUGAAAAAAAUGCCCCACCUACUUUCAAAAAUCCUAAUUUAUUGACUGAAUUUUUUCCAAAAUCAAACCCUUGCCCUCUUUUACCUGAAAAUCGUGGUGAAAUUUCGGAUUCUAUUUGUGCUGAGGGAAAUGAAGGUGCUCUGUCAGUUUCUGGUGCUGUGCAAUCCUCCCUGGCAGAGCUAAAUACGAAUCGUGACAGUCGAGAGAACAGUGUAGAUCAAAAACAGAAUAACAGACAAAGCAAAGGAGGAACCAUUUUGAAAUUAGGCAUCUCUGGGACAGAUUUAAUAGAUGCUUCUUCUGAUUCAAAUCAAAUGACAUUAUCAAGGGACCAAAAGACUUUGGAAUUGGAUAUUGGUUCAUCUCCACCAGUAAAAAGUGGACUUUCGUUAAGUGAGUUAGCCCAGGGUGUGAAAAGCAGCUCGGGAAAGCUACCGGUAAGCUGUAAUCGUCCACUGUUAACUUCAGGAAUAUCCUUGGCAAACUUAGCACAACAGCAAAGUGUCAAUUCUGGCAUUCCUAACUUGAACAGUACUGGUAGUAGUGCACAAAAUGUGGCAGCUUUUUCUUCUUGUUCUACUGGAUUAGGAUUGACUUCCAGCAACACAAAAUUUAUAUCACUAGCAGCUCUGGCUGAGGAGCAUAGUGGUGGGACGCAGCAUUCCGGAAGUAGCCUGUCUUCAGGACCUCCCAGAGGAAUAAGUUUGGCAGCACUCGCACAAAAACAUGGGACCACAGACAAGCCAUUUGAGACAACGUUUAAGGGAUUGAGAUUAGAUGAGUCUGGCAGAGAUGACACAUCAGAUACCAGUACUUGUGACAGCUCAGAAAAGCGCAAGGCAGAGGCAAAGAGCAUUCCAUUUCUCAAGUCUAUGCAGUCGUUGAAGCUCACACCACCGUCCAGUGGCUUCUCUCUUGCUGAUCUGGCUUCUAACCACCAGACGUCUAGUCAUGGGGGAAUGAUGCUGCCUUCUCAGGGCAUGUCACUUGCAGAUCUUGCUUCCCAACACCAGACAUCCAACUCUCGGGGAAUGAUGCCUUCAUCACAGGCCAUGUCACUUGCAGAUCUGGCUUCCAAACACCAGAUGUCUAAUUCGGGAGGAAUGGUGCACUCAUCUCCGGGAAUGUCACUUGCAGAUCUUUCUUCCAGACACCUGACGCCUAACUUGGGUGCAAAACCAAAAGACUUGCCUGGCCUACAUCUCUCUGUAUCCCAACGAACAAACCCUACCAAGCAUGCGCGUCCAAGCCCAAUGGAUGUAGAUGCACCACCCACCGAUUCAAAUCUAACUGACUCCCUUAGUGGACAUCGACCCACCUCUCAGGAACAAAUCAAAAUUCCAAAAGAAAUACUCCGGAAACCUUCCCUUUUUGCAACAAUUUUGUGUUCAAAAUCUCAAACAAGGCAGCUAACACCAAUUGAGGCUAGGCUGUUUAAAAGAGAUCCGUCCCAUUCUGUGUUUUCUUACACGCGGCAAACGUCGCUCAAAAAGAAGGUGACAGAUUCACAAAAUGAUUUGAAACCUUUUGGCUUUUUGACGCCAUCACCAGACGACAUUGUCAAGAACAGACAAAAGGCUGCAUUUACCAGGGGCAAAGAUAGUGCUGGCUUCAACCCUGACUUCAAACUCGACCCACACCCAGUGAGUGCCAGAAAUCACGAUGCCACCUCAAGUCCAGUACGAGCGGGAAACACCAAUGCUGUCUCAGAUAAUAUCGCUAGAAUGACUUUCUCAAAUGGAAAGAAGAAAACUACUACUGGUUUUGAAGCAGUAGUUGACGGUGGAACAAUGCAAAAACGCUCAGGCGAAAGUGAAAAAUUCCAUGAUUUGUCAGACAUUGUUGAUGUUCCUAUGGAGGCGGCUUCAAGGAGUCCGUUGUCAGUGAAAAAGUCCAGCAGCAAUGGCGUGACGCAGAAAAGUUCUUCAGAUAGUGUUCUCCUGACACCGGCCAAAAGCUCUUCAAAACCAGUAUCCCCUCCCCAGUCGAGAGGUUCUGUUAAUACAGAACGUCGAGGGUCUGUUAAUUACACUCCUGAGCGGAGAGGAUCCAAACAAAUCGAGAGGGUUGACAUCCAAAAAGAAUUAGAUAAAAGAAAAGGUGGAAAGGAUUUGAUAAACUUAGUUGUGAUAGGCCAUGUAGAUGCAGGAAAGAGUACGCUGAUGGGACAUGUGCUAUAUCAGCUUGGCUUUGUUGGGAAGAGAGCUAUGCACAAGUAUGAACAGGAGUCGAAAAAGAUGGGAAAGGCAUCUUUUGCUUAUGCCUGGGUGCUAGAUGAGACGGAAGAGGAAAGGACACGCGGUGUGACAAUGGACGUUGCUCAAACUCGUUUCCAAACUGACACGAAAAUGGUGACACUCUUGGACGCUCCAGGUCACAAAGAUUUCAUCCCAAAUAUGAUUACUGGUGCUGCUCAGGCCGACGUUGCCAUUCUCGUAGUCAAUGCAACGAAGGGCGAGUUCGAGACUGGCUUCGAGAUGGGUGGACAGACGCGUGAACAUGCUCUCCUGGUGCGGUCAUUAGGUGUUUCCCAGAUUGCUGUUGCCAUCAAUAAAAUGGAUACCGUCGGCUGGGAUCAAGGGCGUUAUAAUGAAAUAGUUAAAAAACUAGGCCAGUUUUUAAAACAGGCGGGUUUCAAAGAAGCUGAUUUAUCUUUUGUGCCAUGUAGCGGACUGAAUGGUGAAAACCUCACAGAGUGUAAAGAUCCUGUUCUAAAAUCUUGGUACAGCGGUCCGACACUUAUUCAACAAAUAGACAAAUUCCGAGCCCCAGAUCGUCCAAUGGAUAGGCCUUUUAGGAUGUGUGUGGCAGAUAUUUUCAAGGGCAUGGGCAGUGGGUUUACUGUGACGGGGAAAAUCGAAGCUGGAAGUGUUCAGUGUGGAGAUCGUAUACUUGCCAUGCCAAUAGGAGAACCUGCUACAGUCAAAGGUAUUGCCUUGGAUGAAGAAGUAGUACCAUGUGCCGUGGCUGGAGAUUAUACCUCACUUACAAUUACUGGCAUCGACCAGGACAGAGUGAACGUUGGCUCUAUUUUAUGUGAUGUCGUUACACCUAUUCAGGCCACCACCAGGAUUCAAGCCAGAGUAGUGAUUUUCAACAUUGACGUGCCUCUCACUAAAGGCUUCCCAGUUGUGUUCCAUUAUCAGACAAUAACGGAACAGGCACACAUCAAGAAACUCAUCAGUCAACUUCACAAGAGUACUGGCGAAGUGAUUAAAAAGAGACCAAGAUGUCUGGUCAAAAAUUCUAAUGCUGUGAUAGAAAUCGAGUUGAGUCGGCCAAUUUGUGUUGAACUCUACAAGGACUAUAAGGAUCUGGGUCGCUUCAUGUUACGAUACGGUGGUUCGACGAUAGCAGCUGGACUUGUCACUGAGAUUCUGCCAGGCAAAUCCAAACAGACGGAAUGAGGACUUGAUGUGUUCAAGAGUGACUGUGCUACAGCCUACAGGGUCUGUCAACGUCUUGGUGGAAGAGGUGGUGGGCUCAAAACUUCUGAUAUUCUUGAGAGACUUCAAGUCAGAACUGGUUGUGCUUCCAAAGUGUUUAAAUAUGUAUUUAUUAUGAUUUUACUUUGAAGAUGACGCUUGAAGCUAGUGUCGUUUGGGUGGCUCUCCAUUAUUUGUGCAAGUUGUACAGGAUAUUAUUCACGUAAAUUAUGUACAUUUCACACAUCUUGCCAAAACUAGGUUUGCUUGGCUCUUCACUUGUCCAAUGUAAUGGAUGGCCCCUAAAACCUCACCCAAAGCUAUAACUUACAGCCAAGUGUUGGAGUACCUGUAAUUCAUUGGAUAGCACAAGCAGUAUUGCACAUGUACAUGUAUGGACUACAAGACCUGCAUUAUCUCAGCAUUGGACUUAGACCGUAGCUGUCCUUGUGUUGAACUGUGUAGUACUCAAAAGAUUAGGUUUCAUCGUUACACAAUCCUGUAUCUCCGUUGAUGGUAAACACAUUUGUACUAAGUACAAAUCAGAUACCCCUUGGAGGCUUUCCUGUGUUGACUGUUUCACUCUCCUUUAAACUAAAAACCCUCCACAUGAAUGACUAUGGUAUGAACACACUGAAGCUACACUCUGUUGUACGAGUGGCUCCAAAUGAAGAAUGCCUGUAUGUAUUGAAGAAAAUAAACAAAUUCAUGAAAUGA